GAGUCGUAACUUCCUUGUUUUUGUCGGAACCAUUAAACUGAAAGCAUUCCAGCAAUAUACGGUCAAAAUAAAGAGGAGGCGAGAUGCAUUUCACCAGAUCCGUCAUGUACAGGCGGAGACGGCAAGGCGGCACAGCCUAGGAGCUCUCCCCGAUUCCAGAUCCUUCCAUCUGUUUCUCUCUCUGUAUGUGUGAAUCAUGAUGCUGUGCUGGGGAAGCAGUGGCGCGGGUCAGCUAGGCAUCGGUGCGUCAGAGGCGUCAGUCUUUGAGCCUAGGAGCUGCUGCGUGUUCGACGGCCGAGGGCUUAAAGAAGUGGCGUGCGGCAACCAGCACUCGCUCUUCCUGUUGCAUGAUGGAAGCGUCUACACCUGCGGAUCCAACAGCUGCGGUCAGCUGGGCCACGACAAGGGAGGAAGCAGGCCAGAGUUGGUUGGCGCUCUGGACGCUCAGAAGAUCUCCGGCGUGUCAUGUGGUCAGGCUCACUCUCUGGCGGUGAACGAGCAGGGUCAGGUGUUUGCGUGGGGAGCUGGAGACGGAGGGCAGCUUGGUCUGGGAACAGCUGAAGAGGCGGUCCGCGUGCCUCGGUUGAUUAAAAAGUUGUGCGAGCAUCGGAUCUCUCAAGUAAUGUGUGGAAACCAUCACUGUAUAGCUCUUUCAAAAGAUGGUCAGUUGUUCGUAUGGGGAGAGAACUCGAGCGGUCAGCUGGGUUUAGGGAAGGGAGAGCCGAGCACUCUGUCUCCUCAGCCGCUCAAAUCUCUGUGUGGGAUCCCACUGACCCAGAUCAGCGCCGGAGGAGACCACAGCUUCGCCCUGUCCUUCUCUGGAGCUGUGUUCGGGUGGGGCAAGAACAGCGCUGGGCAGUUGGGUCUCAAUGACGAGCAAGACCGAGCUGUUCCCUGCCACAUCAAGUUCCUGCGCUCACAGAAGGUGGUUUACAUCAGCUGUGGAGAGGAGCACACGGCUGCCCUGACAAAGGAAGGGGGUCUGUUCACAUUUGGAAAUGGUUCAAAAGGACAGCUGGGCCAUGACUCCACCAGAAACGAGCCUCUUCCACGCAGAGUUAUGGAGCUCAUGGGCACUGAGGUGUCUCAGAUCGCUUGUGGGCGGAACCACACCCUUGCAUUCGUGCCCUCCACCGGUCUGAUAUAUGCUUUUGGCUGCAACACUCAGGGCCAGCUCGGUACAGGCAUAAGAGGAAGCGCCAAGAGCCCCGUUCCUGUCAGUAACAUCCAGCCCCUUUGCAUUGGAAAUGCAUACACAAGAACAGAGCACUGCACCAUUGCGAAGAUUCACAGUGGAGGAGAUCAUAAUUUCCUGUUGUUGUCGACUGUGGAGGGUUUGUCUUGUCCUGAUGAUUUCCGCAUUCUGAACACCACCAAAAGCAUCGCUCUGAUUAAUUCUGAGAGUCUGGACAGCUGGAGGAUGAAGCUUCAUGACAACAGCGAUUCCAGCAUCACUAAUGACAUCAUUCUGCUGUUGUCCUCGACUGCAUGUUGGAAUGCCAGCUUUUUGGACCAAAGUGAUGACGGGCAUUUCAAAACCAACCCCAAAGUCCCAGGCAUCGAUUUCAAUGCUGUUCGGCUGCUUUUCGAGACCCUGAUGAAACCAGCCUUCGCUAGACUUUUGGAGCAGAUCACAAAGAGCUUUGAGAGUCUCCUGAUCCCCCAGCUGCCCUGUUCUCCUCCUGACGUGGAAGCCAUGCGGAUCUACCUGAUCCUGUCUGAAUGUCCCGCUUUCCAGGACUCCAAAAACUACAUCACUCUCACCAUCCCUCUCGCCAUGGCCAUCCUCAGACUGGACGCCAACCCAAGCAAAGUGCUCGAUAACUGGUGGUCGCUGAUGGACUGCACGGUGUUUACCAGAUUAGUGGAGAUGUACAAAAGCAUCGUUGUGUUUCUGUUGACCGGCGGGAAAGCUCUUCUGAUGCCUGUGUUUCUGGAGAGCUACACCAGCGCCGCUUUGCGACUGCUGGAGAAACUACACAAGGUCAACCUGAAAGCCCAUCGUGUGGAAUACAACCACUUUUACAUCCCCGACAUCGCAACCCUGGUGGACAUCCAGGAAGACUACCUCAAAUGGUUUCUGCGCAAAGCUGAUAUUAAAAUGCGAUACCCUCCAGUGCAGGGUUCUGUCACGUUAUGUGCCUAUCCGUUCAUAUUGAACGCGCAAGCCAAGACAACCGUGCUGCAAACAGAUGCUGAGCUGCAAAUGCAGAUGGCAGUAAGUGGUGCUAACUUGCACAACGUCUUCAUGCUGUUGACCAUGGAGCCUUUGCUGGCGAGAAACCCUUUCCUGGUGCUCCACGUACGGAGAAACCACUUAGUCAGCGACGCUCUCCGGGAGCUCACGAUCUACAAUGAUGUAGACUUGAAAAAGCCACUCAAGGUCAUCUUUGAUGGAGAGGAAGCUGUGGAUGCUGGAGGAGUCACCAAGGAGUUCUUCCUGCUGCUGCUGAAAGAGCUGAUGAACCCCAUCUACGGCAUGUUCACGCAGUAUUCAGAAUCCAAUCUGCUGUGGUUCUCUGACAAAUGUUUUGUGGAGCACAAUUGGUUCCACUUGAUUGGCAUAAUCUGUGGUUUGGCCAUCUAUAACUCCACUGUGGUGGACCUGCACUUUCCCCUGGUGCUCUACAAGAAGCUCCUGGAAAUUUCGCCCACUCUGGAUGACCUGAAAGAACUUUCGCCUACAGAGGGAAGGAGUUUGCAGCAGCUGCUGGAGUUUGAGGGUGAUGUGGAGGAAACCUUCUGUCUCAACUUUGCCAUCACGAGAGAGUAUUAUGGGAUCACGGAGGUGAAGGAGCUGGUGCAGGGAGGAAAAACCAUCGCUGUGGACAAAACCAACAGGAAGGAGUUUGUUCAGGCGUAUCUGCAGUAUGUGUUCAGCGACGCAGUACAGGAGCAGUAUUCGGCCUUCUCCAGUGGUUUCCUGAAGGUCUGCGGUGGGGAGAUUCUGUCUCUCUUCCAGCCCUCUGAACUCAUGGCCAUGGUGGUGGGCAACAACAACUACAACUGGGAGGAGAUGGAGAAGAAUGCCUCAUACAAGGGCGAGUUUUCUGCAACCCACCCAACAGUAAAGAUGUUUUGGGAAGUGUUUCAUGAGUUUUCCUUGGAGAAAAAAAAGCAGUUCUUAUUGUUCUUGACAGGCAGUGACCGCAUCCCCAUCCACGGCAUGGCCAGUUUGCGCAUUGUCAUCCAGUCCACGGCUGCAGAAGAGCACUACCUUCCAGUGGCUCACACCUGUUAUAAUAUGCUGGACAUGCCCUGCUACCAGACCAAAGAGACCCUGCGGCAGCGCCUCACACAGGCCGUGGAGCAGUACGAGGGCUUCAGUCUGGUCUAAACAAGAACUACGGAGGGGGCUUUCUAUAUGCUGAAACUGCACUUUAAACCCGUGGAGAAAUGGAAACGAACGCUGCUCUCGCAUUUGUUUUACCACAAACGAGCACAUCUCGAUUCUCAUACGAGUAAAAUCUAUUAUUUUCUUAUUUUUUACUGACUGACUCUGACUUGCUUGUUUGGUCGCAUCUUGAGACGUGCACAAUUUUUUCCCUUUUUUUUCCCUCUUCUUUUUUUUGGUUAAAAAAAUUAUAUUUUUUAAAUGAAAAAAAAUAAUUAUAAUAUUAGGAAUGAGUAGUUGGCAAAUAAAUUAAGAUAUUUGACUUUCGUUAUAUAUUUUGUAUAAGUGUAAUUGUUUUU